GGGAGAGGGAUCAAUGAAGUGACGUCAGAUUAUCAGUCUGUAGAAAUGCCCCCCAACCAUAGGAGGAAGAUGAUACCCCGCUCUUCGGGAAGGCUGACAUAGCCGUCCAAGCUUCUGGAGGGGAGAUGAAGUCAUUGCCCGGGAGCGCCAAAUGUCUAAGGCCGGCACUGAGGACACAUGGAACAAACCACUGCGAAUGUAAUUGGAGCUCCAGAGGCUUCAUGGCAAAACCCUGACAUCUGCAAAGAAAGAGGAAUGGAGGAACCUGUGAUCAAAAGGGUGCCGCCGGCACAGAAGAGCCACUUGGAGAAGAUGAGAGAUGCAGUUGCUGCAAGAGUCGUUCUCUACUUUUUAUCAUUCACUGGUUUUUUGGUUAGUUUUAUGAUGAGGACUGACAUUAAUUUGGCUAUAGUGGCAAUGGUCAAAAUGCCACCACCAGUCACAAGAAACAUAACUUCUUCAGAAGAGCCUCAAUACUGUUUUGCUGCUAGUAAUAUGUCUUCUGACAAUUCUACAUCAGAAUUACUUCUCCAAGAUGAAGGAGAAUUUGAUUGGGAUCCAUCUAUUCAGUCUACAAUUCUUGGAUCUUUUUAUUGGUGUUAUGUUGUGAGUCAGUUAGCAGGAGGAGUUUUAGUUCAAAGAUUCGGAACAAAAAUAGUUUUUGGAUUAUCCCAAAUGGCAACUGCAAUAUCAUCUCUUCUUAUUCCAUAUGCUGCCGGUUUUCACUUUGGAGCAUUAAUACUUCUUCGUUCUAUCCAAGGUGUAGCAUCGGGAUUUACUUGGCCUGCCAUGUAUGCAAUGAUUGGUGUUUGGAUUCCACCUGCCGAAAGGAGUAGAUUUAUGUCAUCUUUUCAAGGGUUUACCAUUGGAAUUGGAUUAAGCUAUCCAUUGUGUGGUUUUAUAAUUGCCCAUUAUGGAUGGAGGGUCGUUUUUUAUGUUACUGGAAGUCUUGGUUUAUCAUGGUGCAUCUUGUGGUGGUUUUUGGCAUUUGACACACCACAAGAACAUCCUAGAAUAACUAAACAAGAAUUAGCUUAUAUCCAGAAAUGCACAAGGAAUAUAGCUGUUGAUAGCAAGUCUGUAUCGGUUCCAUAUUGGUCUAUUCUGACUUCCCUCCCAGCAUGGGCUAUAGGUGUAACAACCUUUGGCAGAAUUUGGGUUCAUUAUACCUUCAUGAUUCCUGGCCCAUUGUAUAUGAAAACAGUCCUUGGAUUUAGUAUUCAGAAGAAUGGACUUCUGAAUGGAGCACCAUUUUUAUUAAGUUAUUUUUCUUCAGUUAUUUUUUGCUAUAUUGCUGACAUCCUGGUAACUAGAAAUUGGUUCUCCUUAACAGCCGUCCGAAAAAUAUUUACCGCACUUUCUCAAGUUGUUCCAGGCUUUUUGCUGCUGUCGAUAGGUUAUUUCGGGUGUGAAAUAAGCGCUGUGCUGGUUGCAUGGUUUGUCGCUGUUAUAUUUGUGACAGCAGCUUAUGCUGGGGCUAUGGCAAACAUAGUUGAUAUUGCUCCAAAUUUUGCUGGUCCUGUAUUGGCGUUUGCUCAAACUAUUCAUAUGUCUGCUAGCUUCAUUGCUCCUUUAGUAGCAGGUUUCAUUUUAAAAAAUGAUACUACUUUGGAACAGUGGAGAAAAGUGUUUGGAAUUUCAUCUGUAGUGGCCGUGGGUACUUACGUUAUGUAUCAAGUGUUUGGUACUUCUGAAGUUCAAUCUUGGAACUAUUCCAGAAACAUUACAUCCCAGGAAACUGAGCAUGAGCCUUUGAAAAGGGAUAAAUCGUCUCCAGGCACUGAUGUGACCGAUGUUUAGCUUUCUGAAAGUUUCUUUAUUAAUGCUGACUAGUGCGGACCAUUCAUCAUGUUAGACCAAAUAUCUGUGUAUAUAUCCAUUCAGUAUUAUAUAAAAAACUUUUUUUUUUUUAAUCAGACCUUGAAUUGAGUAAACAAAAUAAUUGAAAAAAGGCCAUGUUUAUUUAAGUUUCUGUUUGAUUAGAAGUUAAUAUUACUGUGGUUUAAUAUUAUAACAACGGAAAUCAUUCCAUUAAUGUUUUUAUCAUUUCUUUCUUUUAUACUUACUAACAUUGUAUAUUAUUGUAGUUUUAUUAGAAUAAUUUAUUUUUAUCAUUAAAUAUCAACUGUCCAUGACAUUUGUUUUAUUCUGUUUCUUUUUAUGUAUUUAUAAAGAAUAUUGUAUUUUUUAGUUUCCUAUUUAAAUUUAGAUUUUGGUAAGUAUUAUUAUAUUAUAUUUUUUACAUUAAUGGCCACAAUGUAGAACUUUAGAUUGCAUUUUUAAAAAUUUACUAUCACAAGUUAUUCACUCAUGGCAUAAGUUAUAUUUAUUCUGCUUUAAAAUGAACAUUGCUGAUAUAGGGCAUCGUUGACUAUUUUUUACUACUUAAAAGUAGCAUUUUUAUUGAUGAAACUAGUCGGGUAUACUUGUUAGUUUCAGAUUAUGUUAAUUCAACUUCAUUAUUCUAAAUGACUUCAUGUCAGAUGAGGGAGAAAUAAUAAUUUAACUUCUGUCUUAGUUUUUCUUUUUUUAAUUUUUUAUGCUUUUAAAAUUUUGUUAUUUAUGUAUCAAAAAAGUACCUCUAUAAUGUAUCAAGACAAUAUAAAUUUCAUACUAGAAUUGAAGGUGAUGUUUUAUCCUUGUUGAAUAUCCUAAAAUAAUUUAGACAAUAUGGUAGUCAAAGAAAAAUGUAAUAAAAAUGAUAUUUUUUCACUUUUUAUAAUUUGAUUUAAACCUAAGCCCAUUUAUUACUUUCAAUAUAAAAUGUCAAACAUCUUCUCUCAAAUAUGAUAUAUCUUUAUUCGGAAA